AAUUAAAAAAAUCUUGAACUAUUUUUUUUUUUACAGGGAUAAAACGAGCUAUACUGGUUAUGCAUGCUUGGACUGUAAUAAGGUAAAGUCAUUUAGAAUGGUUUGGGGUCUAUCGGUUCUGCUCUCUGCCUUUACUGUUAAGGCUUGAUAACAGGCUAAGGAACUUACAAUGGAGAGAAGAGGGUAUCAAGGCACCCCACGAACCAUAAUGACUACAUAUUGCUGUUGUGCUUAUGGUUCUUGAGGCGUUCCUUUAACAUCAGAUUCAUAUUUCACAGUUCACAAUUCCUUUUCACAUAUUUUAUGUCAUGUAGAUGUUUAUGCACCUAUCAAGGAGAUAUUGAAGACUGUGAACACCUACUUGUUUAGAUCAUUUUUGAGGUCUAUACAGCUCUGCUCUUUAUAACUAUUAUCUUCUGUAUCUUUUCUUAUUGAAUGUGAGUUUGGAAGAACUCACACAAGUGUGAUAUAAAGAAAAAAUAUUUAGGAAAAAAAAUACUCUGUGACCACUUUCUAGGGCAGUAAAAUUGUACUUCUCUCCAAAGUGCUGUAUGUGUCCAGUGGACCCACAAAAAGCUCUUUUAGGGCCAACCAUUUUUUUUAAGGUAAAUCAGUCGCAUCACUUGAGAAAUACUGUCACAUGUAUAGACUGAUCCACCCUCACUUCACACCCAAAUGCAAAGAAGAAGAACCAGAUACGUCAUUUUAAUAAUAGCCUUUAAUUGGCCUAUUGUGUACAAAAGAAGUGUCUGCAUUCAUUUAGUGCCGAGAUUGGAAGAGGAGCCAAGACAGGUAUUUCAAUCAAAGAACAUGUUUAUACUAUUUUUUCAAUCAUCCUCUGUUUAACCUCUGGGAGGGCAUUGAUACUUAUCAGCAUGUAAAUUAUCAUCCCCUGUAUAACACUAUUGUUCCAUAAUUCUUUUCUUCCUAGCAAAAUAUAUAUAGUCAUUUGCCAUGAUGCAGUACUUUGGGUCCAUCACAUCUAUCUUUUUAGUGCUGCUCAGCCUGUGUUCAGCAGAUAAUCCUGGGUUGAAAGUCAAGGUGACUAAAAAGGGCUUGGAUAAGGGUAAGUUUUAACUUUGUUGAGUUAAAUCUUUGUACUGAGUAAAUAUUUUUCAAUAUUUUAGUUUCUGCUUGUUAAGGAAUGCACAUUCUGAAAUUAUUGAUAAAAUAAUUGAUAUGUAUUCUCUGCUAGAAAAAUAUUUAUAUUUCUAAUUUUAAAAAAGAAAUUUCACUUCUCUGAAAUGUGUUAAAAUUAAACAUCACCAUUAAAUAUCACCCAUAAAAUGUGUUAACUUUUUCAUGAGAUGUUCAGUUUUCUUUAACAUUUUUACGAGUUAGUAAAUAAAAUUGAAUUCAGUGUAGACAAGUUUCAAUUGAGGAGGAAAAAUAGAUACAUUGUUACAUUUCUUCUCCGUAUGCUUACGCUAUGCUGACUGCCAGGUGCAAAUGACCAAUCGUAUGGCAAUGAUUGACAGUGAGCUAAGAUGGAGGUUCUCAGUUGCAGGAUAAAGAGGUGUAGAUUUCUAAAUGUAAUUGAAUUUUUCACAUUUCACAUACACAUAUUUGUUAAAUAGAGGGAUAUAGAAACAGUAGAAACCCUGGGACUUGACAGAUCCCCUUUAACAAGUGAUACAUCUGUUAUGUGAAUUUGACAUGGUGAUUUAACUAUGUGUUUAUAGAUUGGCUUUGUUUGCUUCAAUACAACAGAAAUCAACCAGUUUCCUUAUUCUACUCCAGGGGAGGCAUCCUUUGGCACUGCAGAUGUUGUGGACAACAUCUGAACCUAAUGCUCUUACAGCCAUAAAGCACCAGGGGAAUUGUAGUCCUUAACCCCUGGAGUGCCGAAGGCUAUCAACUCCUGUUUCACACUGUUUAUUCAUUGAAGUAGGAAUUGAUGAGAAUUGAAAUUUAGCAGUUUAUUACAUAAGCACCUGUUUGCAGGCAUAUUGGAUCAUGUGGUCCUCUGUAUCCAUAGAAACUAAUGAUGAGACACUGGCAAAGAUGUUUUAGUUAAUGUAGAGGUAAUUAGUAUUGACAUGCACACACACCCUGAUUGCACAGGUGUGUCUGAAAAUAAAAAAGUGAUGCUAAUUUUUUUUCAAUAGAUUUAUUUAUUUAUUUUUAAAUCUUAAAAAAAAAAAAAAAAAAAAGUAGAACAUGUUUAGACUUACAAAAUCCAUUUUUUGGAGCUGUACUCAUGUCAUAUUUUAUUGCUUUAUAAUUGUAUGUAUAAAUUAUGGAGUUAUUCACUGAAAACCAUAAUUGACUCAUUUUAAACAGCAUAAAUAGCAGCACUGCUGAUGAAUUCAGUUUGGCUUGGAAGUUAGUUUAAAGAUUAAUUAUAUUUACUAUCGAGGCUUGCAGGCUGGCUUCUGAGAUUAAAGGAAUUCUAUAGUGCCAGGAAAACAAACCCGCUUUCUUGGCACUAUAGGUUCUUACAGUGCCCCCCUCCCUAGUACUCUACUUCCAUUCGGUGCUGAAGUGGUUAAAAUCACACAGAGGCCUGGGGGAGAGGCACACGGAGGGCUAAUGGAGAGAGGCAUACAGAGGGCUCAUAGGGGACAAAGGCACACAGAGAGCUGCGGCAGAGAGAGGCACAGAGAGGGCUUAGGGGGGAGAGGCACACAGAGGGCUGGAGGGAGAGACACACAGAGGACUGGGGGAGAAAGUCACAUAGAGUGGUUGUGGGGUCAAAGAGACACACAAAUGGGGCUGGGGAGGAGAAAGAGACCCACAAUGGUGCUGGGGUGAAGAGACAUAUAGAGGGGCCUGGGUAGGAGAAAAAGACACAGAGGUGCUAGGGGGACAACAAGACACACAGAAGGGCUUGGAAGAGAAAUAAACACACAAAGGGGCUGAGGGAGAGACACACAGAGAGGCUGGGGGGGGGAGAGAUCCAGUAAAUUAUUAAGGGGGAAGAAACACACAGAGGGGUUAAAUAAGGGGAAAAAAACACACGAAAGAGAGUAGCUGGGAGAUGAAAGAGCUGCGCAAAGGGCUAAAAAUAGCACCACCCCCGCCCCCCCACAGCUUUGCUACUGAAUACUUUUAUUAAUAUGUUCUAUCUUUUAUUUUAAGGAGUGGAAUAUGGAAUGCAUAGUCUGAUCUCGCAGUUAAAAGUGACUGCCAUCCCUGCCAUCAAUGGAAGUGUAACCAUGGGAGAGGAUUCAAUGAAUUAUGGAUUUAAAGAGUAAGUAGUGUAAAAAGGUGAUGCUGAUUGAGUAUUUAGUUUAAUUUCCAUGUCCCACAAUUCCUAUUCAGGGUAAAUUGUCAGCAUUUGGAAAAAUUAUCCGUCAGCCAUGCUUUUUUAGUUUGGCUACUUUGACCUGAAAUAUGAAAUUGACUUUGAAUUCACAAAAAUUCCCACUUUAAUGAAUAACCUUGAUUGUUCUUAAUUGAGUUUAAUAAAAUCAUUUUCUGUUCUUUGGAUUAUUUUUUACUAAUUUAAAUUUUUUAUUGUUAUUGUUUUAUUCCAGUACACGGAUUGUGGAUUUUAAAUACUCAAGCAUCUCCUCAACUUUUGUGCCUGGGACGGGUAUACAGAUUACUAUUCAAGGUGGAAGUGCAACACUCACUAGUAAUUGGGAAGUAACUGGCUGGUUGAUGUAAGUAUUACCAAGCAUAACAAGAGCAGAAGAUUAGCCAUGUGCAAACUCCCUCCCUCCAAAAAAUAAAAUAAAAAAGGGUUCGUAUGAAUCAUUUGUUCUAAAUUAUUUAGUUGGUCAGAAAUGCGUUUUGGGCGACAUAAGAGAGCAUCAAAUGCUAUUAAAGGAAUGCUCCAAGCACCAUAACCACUUAAGCCUCUGGUUAUGGUGCAAGAAAUUCCAGGGGACCUCCCAGAGUAAGUCAUCUUAUACCAGUUUGACCACUUAUUGUGUCCAGUCAGCCAUGCAGGGCUCUGCUCGUUGGCUGAGAGUGCUCAGCCCAAGAGCACAGCCCUGCAUAGCAGAGCUUAGCUUACUGGAGAUAACCAAAAGCUCAUUACGGGAGGUAGGAUGGCGCUAGCACCUGGUGAGACCAAGUUAAGUUCUUAACUCUUAAAUGGUUUGACUACUUACUCUGGGAUAGCAGCUGGGGACCCCUGGCACCAUAAUUACUACAGUGGACUGUAGUUGCUAUGGAGCUUGGAGUGUCCCCGUAAAUUAAAAAAAAAAAUGUUUUUGUUAAUUCAGUUCAGAUGACCUCUAUUAACACAUUGAGUGGCUGAGGUGGGCACGUCAUUCUUAUCCAAAUACAGAAUUAAAACAGAGAAAAUCCCAUUUUGAAUUUCCUGGGUUGUCUACUUUUGCAAAUGGUAUGCCAUCAUGUGGGUAAUUUUCAUUCCGUGGCUGCUAUAUGGUCUAAAGCAGGGCUGUCCAACCUGCGGCCCCCCAGAUGUUGCUGAACUACAACUCCCAUGAUUCUUUCAAUGAAACAGACAGCCAGGGAAUCAUGGGAAGCCCUGGUCUAAAGGCAACAUAUGCAAUCUGGCACAUUGUAAUGUGCAUAAACUAAAAAAGGGAAAGUGCUAUAUUUGACCCUGUAAUUUUACAACACCCCAUAAAACCUGUACAUGGAGGCAACUGUUGAAUUUGUGAGAACAAAUCUGAACUCAAAUAAGUGUAUUUUAGUGUAGUAAAAGCUAACAGUAUUAUGACACUAACAUUUAAAAAAAAAAAUGCCAUAUUAAAUUAUGUUUCACAUAUACAUAUUUGAUAUGAAAAUUAAAGCCCUGUUUCUCAUGAACAAAAUGAUAUAUAUAAUAAGUGUGGGUGCACUUAAUAUGAAAGAGGUGAAUUAUGGUUGAAAAAACAUAUAGUGAAAAUUCCAGGUUUUGUUUAAGUUUUGUAUUGAUCAGAACGUGUACUAUUGACUCCGUCCUUACGGGGUUAAAUAAAAAACAAAAUAUAAACAGAAUCUAUUGAAGAAAAACAAACUGUGGAAUAACAGUGCCAACACAAAAAUGUACAAAUAGUUGAACAAGCAAUCCAAAAAUAAAAUAAGUUGUCUACAAAAUGCUUGUGAUUUUAAUGGUAAUUCUUGGUCAGUAGGCACAUGGAUGACUGUAAUAGGGGGUUCAGUUCAUAACAUCUUCAAGGCUGGAGCAAUCCAAAAAUAAAAUAAGUUGUCUACAAAAUGCUUGUGAUUUUAAUGGUAAUUCUUGGUCAGUAGGCACAUGGAUGACUGUAAUAGGGGGUUCAGUUCAUAACAUCUUCAAGGCUGGAACCCUUAACAUAACAUAACACCAUCUGUCCCUAGCCAGCUCCCUUAGAUCGACCACCUCCUUCCCAAUUAUCAUACUCCCCGGUUUUCUGAGAUAUGCCAUACGUCCUUCCUAACCCUAAACAGCACCUAGCCCUAAAUUUUGCAUGCCACCCAAUAUGUAACUAUCAGUUCCAUCCCACAGCUGCUUAAAGGACCAAUAAAUUCACCUGGGUGCAGGGUUAAAUUCACCUCUGACAGCCACUAGACAAGCUUCUUCUUCCAGAAAUGAAUGAAAGCAUUUGAUUGGAGGAGCAUAGCAUUUGUCCAUGCAUGCCUAUUUCUAAUCUACUUCUCUAUGAGAAGCAUUAGGUUGCAGCAGAUGGCCGAAAAUAUCAGCAGGCAUGCUUCAAGCCUGAGAUCACGCUGUUACAGAACUACAGUUCUGCCACUAUAUAUAGAGACAUUCACCCCAAUUUCUCACGUAAGAGCAGAAGUCACACUCCCUGGUUUUCCUCCUGUCCUUCAUCAGGCCCAGCCCCAAAGAGUGCUUUCACUCCAACACACAUGGUGACUGAGCCUCACUAUCAAAGCCACGAGUCCUAGCGGUCACUCUGCCUAAGAUUUUAACCGGUGAUGAUUCAACACCGUGAGUGCAAAAAGAGCGCUCUUUUGACCAAAGGAGGCGAAGGGGAAGAGCUAUCUGGAGAUAUAAGACAUGUGGGGGUUAUUAGUAUUAUUUUGUAAAUUUUGAGGCAACUUGUAAUGGUACCCUGAUGUCUGGGGAAUAUUUAACUUAGCGGUUACUGAUCUAGUUAUUUCUCAGACUCAGAGACACCAGGGCUGGUGUCCAGAUGGAUUUAUGUUGUUCAAGCCAUGGAUCCCCUGUUGGGGUUGUGAGUCUAAAAGAGUGCCUUGUUUCCAAUAAACCAGUUCUUAUUCACCCUCAAAGAGAUGGACCUUUGACACACACAUCCCACACACCCAAAAAUGAAUUGUAUGAACACAUGUCUUUCCUCUUGAAAUGUCUUUCUAACAAUGUGGAUGUUUAGUGGUAUGUUUAUUCAUGUUUCAGGUGAAUUACUGAAAAGAUGAAUUAAAACUUGUCUGAAUUUUUUUGAGAAAAUAUAUAUAGAAAUAAAUCACACACAUCUUUUUUCUUGCAGCACUGAUAGCGGUACUUCUGUACUGACGUUGUCAGAAAUGACAGUCACCUUUAUUUUUGGAAUGCGACUCACCAAAUCAAGCAAACCAUCCAUAUAUACUGUUAGCUGCCAGUCGGAUAUUAUUGGAGUAAAUCUCACAAUGGAGGGGGGAGUUGAGUAAGUUCAUACAUUAUUAUCCUUAUUAUUUUUAUUUGUAUUGGCAGGUUCUUAGUUAAAUGCCAAGAUAGGGAACGUCAUUUUCAGAUUUGGAAUUCAAUCCAAAUAAUCAAUGGACAGCAGACAGGCCAGAAUUUGUUGUGUUGUCUUUCUGAAUGUUUUCCACAGUGGCGUACAUACAGGGGUCGCAGCUGCGACCGGGCCCGUCACUCCAGGGGUACCAGCCUCCAUGUUUUGCGGCCCCAGCUUGUGCGGCAAGCCUCCGGGGCAGCACAUGAAGGAGCACAUUGGGUGGCCCAUGCUGUUAGGGGCACCCGAUGGGUAUGGAUUUCCAGGGGGCCCAGUCAGCGCAGCGGCGCUUUAACAGCGCGACCGUACCCCUGUGAUGAGAUCACUGCUUGGAGGAAGUGACUGCCCCGGUCACUCCUCCCAGCUAUCAGAGAGCCGUGCCGGAGGAAGGAGAGGGAGCCGAAGUGGGAACUCUGACUCCCAUCAACCUGAGCCACCACUGGACCUCAGGGAAAGUCACCCUCCUGCACUUAAAAGGUAGGAAACAGGAGGGUGACUUAAACAAACAUAUGUGUGUAUGUGUUUGUGUGUAUGUGUUAAUGUGUGUGUGUCUGUGUGUGUCUGUCUGUGCCUGUCUGUGUAUGUGGGUCGGUGUGUAUGUGUGUGUGUCUGUUUGUAUGUAUGUAUGUGUCUUUGUUUGUGUGUGUAUGUCUGUCGUAUGUAUUUAUGUUUAUAUGUAUGUAUGUGUCUGUGUGUAUGUAUGGAUGUUUCUUUGUAUGUAUGUGUGUGUCUGUUUGUGUGUAUGUAUGUGUGUGUGUGUGUCUGUCUAUCAGUCUGUAUGUGUGAGUGUGUCUAUCUGUAUGUGUGUGUCUGUAUUUCUGUGUGUCUUUGUAUGUAUGUAUGUGUCUUUGUAUGUAUGUGUACUUUGUAUGUAUGUGUGUCUUGUGUGUGUGUCUGUCUGUGUUUCUGUAUGUCUGUCUGUUUGUAUGUAUGUAUGUGUGUCUGCGUGUAUGUGUGUCUGUAUGUGUCUGUUUGAGUCGGUCUGUGUGUAUUUGUGUGUAUGUAUGUAUCUGUCUGUCUGUCUGUAUGUAUCGCUCUGUUUGUAUGUGUCUAUGUGUGUGUGUGUCUCUAUGUAUGUAUGUGUCUGUAUGUAUGUGUCUGUGACUGUGUGUGUGUCUGGUGUCUGUCAGGGGGAGUAGAGAGCGAGUGGAGGGGGGGGCUACUCCCCCCCAACAGAUACACACACAGUCACAGACACAUACAUACAGACACAUACAUACAUAGAGACACACACACAUACAAGAACACAUAAAGGAACAAUAUAGGGUCAGGAACACAAACAUGUAUUCCUGACCCUGUUGUGUUAAAACCAUCAUCUAGCCCCCUUUCCCCCUAAAUAUAACAUAACUUUAACUUCAUAUCAGUCUGCUGCUGCUUGUUCUGCCCCUGAUCUGCCUGCUUUACUGACAUUAUCAGAAGUGGUGGUCUGUGCCAGUCACAAUGCUUUCACAUAGGAAAGCAUUGGAUUGGCUGAGACUGUCAAGGAGGCAGAUCAGGGGCAAUGCCAGCACAGGCCAAAAACAGCCCUGGCCAAUCAGCAUCUCCUCAUAAAGAUGCAUUAAAUCAAUGCAUCUCUAUGAGGAAAUAAAGUGCAUACAUUGUGUAAUAUCUGGCGCUAAAGUAAAGUGCAGCUAGUUAACGCUGUGAAAUAAACGACAAUAGUUCCACCCUUAUAAUAAAUACAAUCAAAAAUAGAUAGUGAACAGCGCAAAACAAAAGUACUUUAAAAUGUGUAUACACUUCAAACAAGCUGUGUCACACAGUAGUAAUAUGCUCUUUACAAUUCUUUCUCUCACAGUUUUAAUUGAGGCUGAUAACCAACAAGUAAUCUAUUUAUUAUUUGACAUAUGAUCUCAUUUUCCAGACAUAUAGUUGUCUUCUCAUCCCUUCCACCAUGUUUAUAUUAUUUUAUUUACUUCUUCGCAUUUGGAAUGGCAUAUGUGUGUUUUUCUACUUGAUGUGAUUUUAACUUAAUUUCAAUAAAGCUGUAUAUUUUACUUAGAAUUUCCUGUCUAGGGAACUGCUCAUUUGCGUCCAGUCCCCUUUUUUUGUUUUGUACCUCUAUUGACUGGGGUUGCCUCCUCCUUUGGAAUUCUUGCUCCAAUAUCUUAGGCAGCUGCUCUUUGUGUUAUAUACUAAAAUGUCCAGGUGUUCCUAAGAGCCCGGCAGCAUUAGAGCUCAAUUAACACCAAUGUUAACAAUGAUGCAUUGGGGGGCUAUGAUAAGGUUAACUUUAGAGUUAUGUUAGAGUAGGGUUAAUGGGAGGUUGGGAUUGGGAGUAUAGAAUCUUUUAGAGGUAGUUAGGGUAAAGUGGUUUGGGAUUAGGGAGUUUCAUGCUGUGAACUAUUACUUUUCCAGUCAGACAUAGGCUGUUGUUCAUCUACUUUUUGCAUUUCGCUAAUUAUAUCUUUGCCUUUAGCUAUAUUUAUGAUGCUGUUAAAAAGCCAAUGAAGAAGAUGAUCCGCAAAGACAUUAACCAGCAGGUAAAUAAAUUAAGAAGUUACGUUGGGCAUGGUGAUAAAGAAUGGGAAGGUGCUUUGUAUGCUAAAACGUAUUUCCUUGUAUUGUAGCUGUGUUCAUUGCUGAGAGGACAGAUGCAGCGUUGGGAUGAAUCUCUAAGCAACUUAAAUUGUGAGUAGUUUAAAGGCAAACUGUCAAAGAAAUAAUUUCAACCACACCUUAUGGGUUCAGCUCAUAAAACAUUAUUACGUUCUUCAUGUUUAUACUUCCGGUUUCAUUUAAAAUUUGCAGAGAGCAUAAACUAGACUUUUAAUUGUGACUUUUAAAUGGAUAUAUAUAUAUUUGAGAGUAUAGAUUGUAACCAUAUUAGUCCAGUGAUGCAGAUGUAAAAAAAAAAACAGAGGAAAUUAGUAUAUUGUGCCUUUUUUAUUGGACUAACAUAAUAUUGGAAUGACAAACUUUUAGGAAACCCUCACUUUGUUUAGACUUAAAGGACCACUAUAGGCACCCAGACCACUUCAGCUUACUGAAGUGGUCAGGGUGCCAGGUCCAGAUAGGUUUAAGCCUUUUUUCUGUAAACAUAGCAGUUUCAGAGAAACUUCUAUGUUCACCUAUGGGUUAAUCCAGCUUCUAGUGGCUGUCUCAUUGACAGCCGCUAGAGGGCUUCCGCGUUUCUCACUGUGAUUUUCACAGUGAGAAGACGCUUGCGUCCAUAGGAAAGCAUUGAGAAUACUUUCCUAUGGACUGGCUGAAUGCGCGCGCGGCUCCUGCCGCGCAUGCACAUUCAGCCGAAGAGGAGGAGAGGAGGAGGAGAGCUCCCCACCCGGCGCUGGAGAAAGAGGUAAGUUUACCCCCUUCCUCCACCUAGAGCCCAGCAGGAGGGGGACUCUGAGGGUGGGGGCACCCUUAGGGCACUAUAGUGCCAGGAAAACGAGUAUGUUUUCCUGGCACUAUAGUGGUCCUUUAAGAAAUUGAGUUUCUCCCAGAAGCUUGUAAUUCUAAAAUGAUGUUAGUACACUAUAUAUACACACACACAUACACAUACAUGUAAUUCUGCAAUGCUCAUUUCUUAAACCAUCUAUGUUUAAUGCUUAUUAAAUAAAAAAAAUUGUAUCUUUUUUGUUUCUUUGCAGUAAAUGUUUCUAUUGAUAACCUUAUUGGUGUGGACAUGUCCCUUAUUAAUAACCCAGUAUUUACAGAACAGUUUGCAGAAGUAGAUUCAAAGGUAUAGUAUGUGUUGUGAAUUUUGCAAAAACACAAAUAGUAGCACUGGGGAAACCAAGUCAUACUGGGAAACCAAGUCAUACUGGGAAACCAAGUCAUACUGGGAAACCAAGUCAUACUGGGAAACCAAGUCAGUGUUUGUAAAAUGAAAAGUAAAAACUAGGUGAAAUUCGAUGAGAUCAUAUUAUUUACCUGCUCUUUACCAGACUUACUGUACUGCAUAAUUCCUUAAAGUCCUGGGUCUAGCAGAGCAUUCCCAAUUUUGGACUCUGGUCCUUCAUUUCCAAGUUGAGAGUAGAAAUUAUUAUUAUUAUUAUUUUAUUAUUUAUAUAGCGCCAUCAGAUUCCGUAGCUUCAUGUUGUAACGAAAGAAAGAAAACGAACUGACAACAUUUAAAAAAGAAAAGAUCUGCCUAUGAAUGUGCUGCAUCAUUCCCUUAGGGAUGAGGCUUAUUAUGGAUAGAGCAACCAAAUAGAUGAUUGAUUUUCUUGCAUAUUUUACUAUUUGUUCAUUACUAUUUAUUACGUUAUUAGACAUAGAAUAUGCUCUCAAAAAAACUAAUGAAAUAAAAAAAAUGAAAAUUAACAUUGUCCUCUUUCUCUAGGCUAUGUUCUACUCAUCUGUUAAUAAGACCAACACUGUUGUCCGUUCAUCAGCCAUGUCUCUUGAUUGUCAAGCUGAUUCCAUGCUCUGUGCUGGAAUAUCAGAAGCCUCGCUGAAUUCCGUCAGCCUUGCUUACUAUUCUGGAGGUGGCUUUUUCUUUCACCUGUCAAGACUCCUUGUAAGUACUCGCACCAGUCACCAAGGGUAGAGGUGGGCCAGAUUUCAUAGCCAUUGUUUGCCUCUUCUUUUUCUUAAAUUACUUUUUGCAUUAUUGAAUUGUGAAACACACAAAACAUCCCCAUGCUAACGAUAAAAAUAAAUAUACAUUUGUACAGCAGUAAGUUAGUUGGAGGUUCACUCUCUGAUGAUUUGGGCAGGUUUAAUUAACAAAAAAUGUUUUAAAUCAAAAUAAUUGAAAUUCACACAAAGCAAAAAUGGAAGUUUUAAUCCACCCAUAAAACAGAGGCUAUAGAUAUAUGCUACCAUGCUUAUCAUCUCCAAUUUUGUUUGCAGGAUUUUCACGGUAAAACUAAAUCAAAGAUAUCAGGUCUAUUAGCAGAGGUCAGUAUAAAAGUUAAAAGUGUAAUGGACAUGCAGUUCGAGGGCCUGAAUUGUUGGGCAUUUCAGUAAUGUACUUUUUUGUUCUCUUGUUUUAUACGUUACCAUCAGCUUUCUCAGCAUUUUUCAAAGCCGAAAAAAGAGUUUGUUUCGUUAUCAGCUUCCAAAGCUCCUACCGUCAUUCUGCUACCAAACAAUGUGACAGUGGGAUUUUCUGGGUAUCUUAAUGCUUAUGUCCUACUUCCAAAAUCCAAAAGAGAAAAUCUUUUUACUGCACACAUGGUAAGUUAUCAAAUAUAAAAGGUUGAAUGAAAUCUUCUUUAGACAACUCACAAGUAGGGUUUAGGGGAUGAAUCUCCUUAAAAUUAGUUAUCAUGAUGGUGUUUUCACGACACUUUUCUGUACAAACAAAAAUCAAACACAAAAAAAAAACACGUGAAGGAGUUGAUUCUGCAUAAAAAUGUAUAGCAUACUGUUUUAAUAAUUUCUAUAUGACGUUUGGAGAAAUUAACUGUAGUGGAUCACCUGAUAACCUGACCGGUUACCUACGCUAGUUCCCUUCCUUCAGCCGAUCAGGAACCAUGUAGAAUGUAAAGAGACUAAUUCCCACCCAGUAACUGGACGACACACAGUUCUGGAGGUACAACAACACUUUAUUUGUCACACUCUGCUCACACACAACAACAGUGCCCCCUCCCAGGGGUCCUAGCGUGGCACAGGAACUCCAGUUCCUUUGUCCCCUGUUCCGGCCAUCCAAAUACAGGGUCCCUGACUUCCAGUGACAUUGGGUCUUCUUCCCAAGAUCCUUUAUGCCUGGGAGCCAAAGCGCAGGAGAGGUAGUGGGGGUCGUUGACCCUUUGUCUACGAGGCAUAGAAAGACUGCCAAACCAGCCAUAGUCCCCAAAGAAUGCCCACACCAACCUCAUAAUGGUAUCUGUCAUGAACAGCCUCUGUUCGCAGGGUCCCUGUGUGAAACCACGCAAGGGAAGGGUCUCCUUUCGGGAUACAAUUGGUGUUUGUUUAUAUGAACGGCGGCCACCCUGGGGAAGCACUCAUUAAUUACUUCUCUUGCGGUUUUACACUUUGUUGCGAGUUGUUAGCGUUCUUAUUGAUUGGUGUGAACAUUCUAAGGGGCACUGGGGAAGUCACCGUUCGUGAACCGAACAGGGGGAAGUAGUUCACGAAUGCUCCCCCUCGAUGGCGUUCAUCUAUACGAACUAGCGGCUGCCCAUGGGAGAGCAGGCGUCAAGGCUUCCCUUGCGGAUUUGGCAUAAGGUCGAGGCGGGAACAUUCUAAUGAGCGUUAUAAAUGGGACUUCAUUCGCCUGCCGAACGGGGAGCAGGCAUUGCACAUGAUAGGAUUGGGAAAGGAUGGGGAAAAUACACAUAAGAGGGAAAAGCAAUUCACUGCCCUCCAGCGGUCCCGCCACAUUAGCUUCCUGUCAGGGGUUGCUUUGUGUGACAUUGCAUAUCUCAGUGUGUUCGAAGUUCAAAGUAUGUUGUUAAAGGUUAAAAACAACAACAACCUUUAUUGAAAACAGCGUUUUUAUACCCCCAACAUCUCCAUUUACAUUCAAUAGUGUUACAGUGGUUCACACUGCAAGUGGAAAGAGGAAAUAGAUAUUUUAUUUUUUAUUUUUCCUUUCCUUUUUAGUCUCUCUCUAUGCUGACUGCCAGUUGCAAAGAAUAGGGUUUUUAUUUUUAAACAAUGUCUGACAGGGAGCAAAUAUGGAAGUAGUCACUCAGGAUAAAGAAGUGUGGAUUUCUACAGUUAAUUUAAUUUUUGACACCACACAAAUAUAUAUUUGUUGAAUAUAGGGAUAAGUACACAUAAUAUUAAAAAUCCAGGGAAGUGACAGUUCACCUUUAAACCCUUAAGGACACAUGACAUGUGUGACAUGUCAUGAUUCCCUUUUAUUCCAGAAGUUUGGUUAAAAUUCUAGGUCAAGAAAGUAAAAUGUGAAAAAUUCUCCAAGUCAGCUAGAUUUUCGACAAUUCACAUGUUAACGAAGAACCCUCUAAGAAUCACCAAUAUUUCUGGGCAUCCUACAUCAAUAGGUAACAUAACAGAAUGCAUUUGUGCUCUUAUUCAUGUUCUCCUAUUCAAUGCAGGAUAUCAGCGUCAGUGCAAAGUUAUCUUUAUCAGACAGUAAUCACAAGUCUGGACAGAACCUCACCGGAUCUGUAAGUCUAAACAGGUGAGAUCAUACUGUAUUUUAAAGCUAUUAUCACUUGGUCAACAUCUCAAAGAUGAAAAUAAAACCUUGCAAAUAAAAAUAUAUAUGUGUUGUAAUGAUGAAGGUAUAGGUAUACCAUUCAGGUGUUUACAAGUGACUCUUUAUAAAAAAACACCCUUCUUUAUUUCACAUGUUCUUCAGCAGAUUAUUUUAUUUUAACAACAAUAAUAACAUCUUCAUUUCUAAAUUUUAUAAAUUUGAAAUGCAUUCAAUUCAAGUAAAACUGUUUAAAAGUGUGGUCUCAUUCUCAUCAUAGACAUCUAAGUCAAUGGAAUAGAGGUCUAUGUUUAAGACUGAGUUAUGGUGAGCAGGAGAACCCUCCGCCUGCUCUCUGUUAUGACAAAUUCAACUCAUGUAUUGUGUUAUCAGUCACAUUCCUCCAGCAAACUUGUCACUCCAUCCUGAUGUCAAUGCACUGAGCAAUGAUGCCAGUAACAGUCCCAGAUGCGAAGGAUUCCAUCACCUCAUGUGUGAGAGCUGGAUGGUAGAUUAGAUCUUGUGAUGGCUAUCUCUUUUCCUCUUUACUUAUCUCUUUCUGUAAACAAUGGUGGAGAAGGUUUUAUACCAGUGUGUCCAUAAAGAAAGAAUCACACUGUGAAUACAUAGUCUACAUUCACAAAUCCUACCAGUUAUCUCAAUGAGCUUCUAGAACUAUAUCAAGUUGUUCCUUCACUGCAUCUGGUAUUACAUUCCCACACUAUACAUGUAGGUCAAACUGUGUUCAAAUGAAGAUUCUUAGAUGCAGGAAUGUAAGUUAAACUGGGCCUGAGGAAAAAGAAGGACGCAUAUCCAUUACUAUAAUAAUCUAUAUAUUACAUAAUACUUUUUUUUCCCAAUACACCUAACCAGUGUUUGUAUUCUUACAGAUUUGAGUUAAAACUGGAACAGAUUGAGUCAGAGGUAAGUGGGGCUCGAGGUCCAGAUAUGUUUUUUUUUUAUUUAUUUUUUAUAUUGUUCAAUAAGUUAGAAUCUUGAUUCUAAGAAUCCCACUCUAUUUUAGUACAAAAAUAGAAAAGAAGAGAUUAAGAAGAUUGUUGAAGAGGACUUGAUAACACUGAUAAAUGGUAAGUACUGUAGAACCACAUAUACACAUAUAUCUAUAAAUAUAUCCAACUUCUGUUGUAACUGUUAAUCUCACGUUCUGUUUUUGCCCCCUCCAGAGAAACUAAAGGUUGGAUGGAAUAUUCCAUUUCAUUUAGUGAACAAUACGUCUUCAGAAAUUAAACAGGUGAGAAAUGUUACACAAAAUAUAUAUUAGGUAGGUAAAACAAUUUGGAUUUCCAAUGAGGAAAAUCAGGCAUUAACCUAACAUUCUUCAUUUUUAGGAAUAGCAGGGCCUAUACUCUAAAAUGUCUUGCUUAAUAAUGUCCAUUCUUUUGUCCGAACAGGGGUAGAGAAAGAGUGUCCCAAGCUCUCUGGCCCAAAUUCAAAUAAUGUCCAAUCCAAAAAUAAAGGAGCAGGGAUGGGAAUAUUUUUGAGUUUGUUGGGUAAAGACUCAUAUCCACUUGGAGUGUGAUGUAGAUUAUUGUUUUCUUUAAAUCAGUGGACUGAAUAUUCCAUAGUUCGUUGCUCUAGGAGCCAGACAACUGAGCAUAAUCUGUCCUCUAUUGGGCUAGGGUAUUCCUUAGCCAAGAAUUAACCAUUACCCUUAAUAUCACAUGCCAUGGGGUGGAAGAAAGGGUAGGUGACACAUUGGGUGGAAGAAGUGGGGGAUAUUCAUUUAAGUAUGCACUUCCUAUUAGUACUGCUUGGACACCCUCAGCUGCAACAUACUAAAAUCAUUAAGUUAUUAUUAGCUAGUUAUGUUGAAUUGAGAAUAUUAGGUUCUAAAAACUGUUUAGUUUUUUCUUUUAUCCAAUGGCCCCUUUUUUCUAUUUUCUCUUGUGAGUCUUAGUUAGAUUUCUUCACCAGAGAAUUAUGUCUUCCUUUUGCAAUUGAAGUAUCCCAAUAUUAGUAGUUGACAUGUGUCCAUUGAUGUCAUAGAUACAGUUUUCAGAAGGUCUAAAUAAUAGACAUGUGCAAUUUGUUUAGUUCAAAAUCGAUUGCCCCCUUUAUUCGUUCUUCUAAGGGAAUAAUGGGCAUUAGAAUUUCAAAAAUGAAACAAAAACAUUUUUGGGAUUGAAUUCAGUUAGUCUGAAUUGAUAUUUUCUGAAUUUUGGAUGAACCGAAAUUAAAAGAAUUAACAAACUGAAAUGGAACAAAAAAAUUGUUUUCCCUGUGGACAUCUCUACUAAAUAAAAAAAUUGCUCUUGAUCUAUGCAUAUGCAAGUAAUGUGGCAGUCAUGAAUAAGUUAAAAACAAGUUGAGCAAUCCAAAGAUUAAACUGAAUAAAAUAUGAUUGUGACAAAUGAUUAAAAAAAAUACAUAUUAAUUAUGGUUAUAUCUUGUUUAGGUUUUAAUCCAUGGUUUGAAAACACACAGUUACUGUAAGAAGAGAGCAUUAUUAUUUAUUGUAACAUUUUUGUUUUAUUUUUGUCACUAGGGUUUUUUGGUGCUGAACUCGGAUCUGAUCUUUGAAUCUGUGAAAAACAUUUUUUGAUGGCGAAGAAUUAAAUGCCCUCAAAUUUACAACAAACAGCUUUCAGAAGGAUUUGGACAGUAAUCUAAUAUAAGCAAAACAUUGUGUGUAUCAACAGAAAGCCAUGAGGACUAUAGAUACACUAUAAAACACUCAAAUCCAAAUGAGAUAUGUUGUAGCAUUUUUUAAUAUUAAGUUACAGUAUUUAUGUUAAUUAAUAUUUGUGAGAAAUAUAGUGUAAAAAAUAUUUCAACAGAUUAAAAAUGUAAAAAGAAUAGAUGUGUUGCAGUAUACAGUGAUGGGUUUUUACUGAACAAACAAUACAUAUUAAAAUAAAAGCUUUCAAGA